AGGCACAGGGCUUUGAGCCCAAAUCCAAAUUACCCUUCCAUUACCAUUCCAGAAGAAUCGUUGCUCCCUGCUUCUCUCUCACACAAACGCAAGUGUUUCUGCUUUCUGCUUGUUUGGUUCGCUGGUCAAUCUCACACAGAACCAGGGGCGACGAGGGAGGGAGCUUGGUCUGGGGUUUCCUUUGGAUUUCUGGUUUCCGAGGGAAGUAUAAACGAUUCUCGUAGCAAUGGCUGGAAAAGAAGUUCGCGAAUAUACCAAUCUUUCCGACCCAAAAGACAAGAAGUGGGGCAAAGGAAAGGAUAAGAUAGACGACGAAGAUAUCACGUUUCAACGAAUGGUUGCGAAGAUGCAAGAGGUUGCAGGAGAACGUGGAGGUUACCUUCAUGGACGAGGCGCCUUGGACAGCGAUGAUCUGCUCUAUCUCAAAGAGCAGAUGGAAGCUGAGGAGGAUGCAGAGCGCCUCCUUAGGCGCACUGAGAAACGAGCCUUUGCAGCAUUCAAGAAAGCUGCUAGUUUGGCAGAUUCUGCUCCUGCAUCUGUCCCUUUGGCGCUUCGUGUUGAGCCAAAGCCAAAGAGUGGAAUCAGACAGCAAGAUCUAUUGAAAAGGGUAGUGGAAGUCAAACCUAAAAGGCCCAGAGUUUCAGGUCAAGGAGCUUUGUCAAAUUCCAAGGUUGACGUUGACCAUGAAAAUGGGAAAGAGACCCCCUUAUCAAAAACUAACAAAAGUGAAGGCGAAAAAGAAGCUGAAAAUCCUGUCAAAAGUUUACUAGGUUUGGCAUACGCUAGUUCUGAUGAUGAAGAUGACUGAAUGAAUGAACGUCUGUAGGUUUUCAUGUAAGAUAGUUCAGAGUAUAGUAUUUAUAUAUAAUUUAGAAGUUUUGACGGGAUACUCACUCGUUCUAAAUUUUUGAAGACUGUAAUUAACUUGUUGAGUUAAUGAAAUUAGUUCGUAUUCCAUUGAAAUACUGAUGAGAAGUGGAUUUCAAGUUUGUAAUGAAUUCGAAUGAUGGUGGUACUGGCAGUGCAGGUUUUCCUAA